AUUACCUUGGCCGCGCACUUUGACGCGUAGCGCGAGGUUAAGCACGUUAGUGUGUAGCGUAUUCUUGGUACUGAGAGUAGUAAUACGAUGUCUGACUACGCUACUUUCCAAAAUUUGCUGUUGCAACUACAAAGCCCAGACAACGAGUCACGUACUCAAUCUGAGUCAGCGUACGAGGCUAUUGCACCAACAACUCGAUUCUCUCUGAUUCUCCAAGUACUGAAUGACAAAAGUGCAGUUCCUCAGUCUCGACAUAUGGCUGCCAUCUUGGGUCGUCGACUACUUGUCAAUGACUAUGGUUCUGCAUUUGAACCUCUUCCUGAUGAGACGAAAAACUCGGCCAAGCAACAGUUAAUAUUGAUUGUUGUUCAUGAAACCGAGCAGUUGAUGCGUCGAAAAGUAGCUGAUUUAAUUUCUGAAUUGGUUCGAGUGCAGUUUGAUGAUGAUGGCAUUUCUGAAUGGCCUGAGUUCACAUCUAUCUUACUGGAAUGGUCAAAUUCACCCGACACCGGUUUGAGAGAGGUUGCCUGCCAUAUUUUUGCAUCAGUUCCGUCACUUUUUGGGAAUCAGCAGGCACAGAGUAUUGGGAUUAUUGGUCAAUUUCUUGCCAGAGCCAUCUCUGAUCCUUCGUGUUCAGAGCUUAGGGCUGCUGGAUUGCGUGCCCUAGCUGCCUUUGCGGUUCAAAACGCGACUGAAGACUCUGUCCUUCAAGCCCUCAGAGAACUGGUUCCUGUCUCCUUACAGGCUAUUACUACGGCAAUUCAAAGUGAUCCAGAAGACGAUACACCUCUCAAAGCCUUGGUCGAUAUCGCGGAUGCCGCUCAUAAGUACUUGAAACCCUAUCUAGCGCCUACAUUGGAAUUGUGCUAUAAAAUAUUGUGUAACGAGGAACUUUCUGAACAACAACGACAAUUAGCCCUCGAAGUUAUUGUUACGUUGGCAGAAAACAUCCCAUCUGGUGUACGAAAGUCUUCUAAUUUGAUCGAGUCGCUUGUUGGAACACUGUUAAAAAUGAUGUCAGAAGUUGAUGAGGAACCUGACUGGGCAGAUGCAGAUACUGCAGAAGAGGAAGAUGAAAGUAGCAACGCUUUAACAGCAGAACUCGCUCUCGACAGGUUAUCAUGUGCUGUUGGGGGUCAGCAUGUGCUGAAUGAGAUCCGUCGAUCAGUCCCAAAUAUGCUUCAACAAGCUGACUGGAAACGACGCUAUGCUGGUUUGAUGGCCAUUUCUGCCUGUAGCGAAGGUAGCAGCAAACAGAUGGAGACAAUGCUUGGUUCUAUACUAGAUGCUGUUAUUCCUCGUCUUAGUGAUCCACAUCCACGUGUUCGGUAUGCCGCUUGCAAUUCUGUUGGCCAGAUGGCUACAGAUUUCGGCCCGAAACUACAGAAAACUCAUCACAAUAUUGUACUUCCAGCUUUAGUUCAAACACUAGAUGAUACCGUUCCUAGAGUUCAGGCCAAUGCUGGAGCUGCUCUUGUGAAUUUUUGUGAAAAAGUACCACAGAAUAUUUUGGCGAAUUAUUUGGAUGGCUUAGUUUCGAAACUUGAACAGAUAAUGAAUUCUAAAUUCCGAGAAAUGGUGGAACAUGGUCGCAAAUUAGUGCUCAUGCAAAUAGUUACAACUGUCGCAUCUGUCGCCGAUGCCGCUGAAAAGAAGUUCUUACCAUAUUAUGAUCGCUUUAUGCCGGUAUUGAAGUAUAUAAUGGAAAACGCUGUGCACAAAGAUUUACGUGUGUUACGUGGCAAAACUAUCGAAUGUAUUAGCUUAAUUGGACUGGCCGUUGGAAAGGAGAAGUUCCUUCAAGAUGUGGGACCAGUGAUGAACUUACUACUUCAAACACAAACUCAACCCGACUCCGAAUCAUCAGUCGAUGAUGAUGACCCUCAGGCUUCUUAUAUGAUAAGUGCUUGGGCACGAAUCUGCAAACUUUUGGGUCGUGAUUUUGAAAGUUACCUACCCGUUGUUAUGCCACAAGUACUGCGCUCUGCCUGUGUAAAACCUGAGAUAUGCAUACUUGAUAACGACGAGGCAGAUAAUGUGGAAUCCGAUGUCGACUGGCAAGUUGUCAAACUUGGAGAAGACAGGAAUUAUGCUAUUCGUACGAGCGGACUAGAAGACAAAGCCACAGCUUGCCAAAUGCUUGUAUGUUAUGCGCGUGAAAUGAAAGAGAGCUUCGCACCAUAUUGCCAACAAGUUCUGGACAUAAUGGUUCCGUUACUUGAUUUUUAUUUCAAUGAUGAAGUUCGCAGUGCUGCAGCUGAAUGUUUACCUUUUCUCCUCAGCAGUAUGAAGGCUAAACAACCAGAGGUAGUAGCCAGUGCCUGGGACUGUGUACACAAAAGUCUGAUACGUGCGGUGACCAAUGAACCUGAACGUGAUGUGGUUGCAGAUCAUCUACAGGCACUUUCGAAUUCUAUAGAAGCUGUAGGAAAGACAUAUAUAACCAGUGACCAAUUAGCUGAAAUUCGAAGUUUAUUGGAUCAUCUAUUUCAUGAACACUUUGAAAAAAGUGAAGAACGCCUUGCUCAACGUCAAAAUGAGGAUUAUGAUGAAUUCGAAGAGGAACGUCUACUUAGUGAAAAAGAUGAAGAUGAGUACGUUCUUUCUAAGAUGUGUGAAGUAGUACAUUCCGUUUUUGUCGCCUUUGGUGUGGAAGCCCUUCCGUUCUUUCAACAACUUAUGGUAUUCUGUGUCAAACUUUUGGUGAGUUUUCCAACUUGUUUAUUUUGAAUUUAGCGUCGCUUUCAAAAGCAUCCUAAUAUAAUCUCGUUGACAUUUCAGUGAACCUUAUCGAUUUCAAAUGUUUACAAAAUUCCCCACACAUUAAAAUCAGAAAUUCACGUAAAUAAUGGUUUUCGUGAUGUCACAUGUAUCAUUUCAUAAAACAUUCAUCCAGUUGCCAAGUUAUUAUAGAAGUCAUGUAUUUUGCAUGUAUGCCCAUAUUUUCUAAAACAAAGUUGCGAAUGUGUAUAUUUCUGACGAUGAUUUUGUUAGAAAGUGAGGAAAUAUUCUUCCGAAAGAAAAAUCGGAAGAAGAAUAUUUUUUGAAAUUUUUAUUCAGAGAAAAAGUCAUAAAGUGAGGUGUCGAUACUUUCAGUUUUACUUUAUUUUCCACAGGAACAAAAUCGUCCUUGGUCUGAUUUGCAAUGGGGUAUAUGUUUGUGGGAUGAUGUAAUCGAGUUUACUGGAACACAAAGUUGGCAGUUCCACCAAUUCUUCCUACCUACAUUCAUUCAGGCUAUACAGCAUCAGCAACCUGAUGUUCGUCAAGCUGUCGUAUAUGGGAUUGGCGUUGCUGCUAUAAAUGGUGGUCCAGAAUAUAAUGAGAUAUUGUCUAAUUUUGUGGGUCCUCUCAUCCAGUUAAUUGAAGCCGAAGAUUCCAAAUCGGAAGAAAACAACUUGUGCACCGAAAAUGCAAUCAGUGCGGUUACAAAGAUUAUGAAGUACCGACCCGAAUGUUUGCCACCGGCAAUAGGAGGAAUUGACGCGUUGAUCAACCGAUGGCUAGGCUGGCUUCCUAUAUGGGAUGAUACUGUGGAAACUGAACAUGUCUACGGCUAUCUGUGUGACCUUCUUGAGGCUAAUAAUCCUGUUGUAAUUGGACCAGACAACUCUAAUUUACCACGUAUUGUUCGCGCCAUUGCAGAAUCCAUGUCCACAGGUGGUUUGUCUGAUAGUGACACAGAAAACAGUAGCCCAAAACUAGCAGCAGGUGAUCAAGCUGGUGGUUUCAACCAACAAAACGGUUUGGACAAACCCUCUACUUAUCAGCGGUGCGUGUCAAUAUUGCGCCAUAUCCAGUCUAAUUCGUCCUUGGUAGAAGCUUGUGUAAGUCAGCUUAAUGAAGAACAACGUAAAGCUCUGGGUGUAGCUUUGAUGAGUCAUUGAUUCGGAGAAUAAGCAAUGCCUUUCCUGUUUGUCCAUACGAAUGAACACUACUUGAUUCAUACAAUAACUUAUUUGUUUCCACUUACGUAUUAGAACAUACCGAUUCACUCAUAUUAUAGAUCUUGUAAAUUAUUCCAAAAGUAUAGACGGAACGCUUUUUGCAUCUCUUUCAAUUCAUUUGGUUUUCAGUUGCGGUUAUUUUGAUAUGGUUACCAAUCUAAUGUUACAAAUAUUCAUAAAUUGUUCUUUGUCUAUUUCAUUCAAUCAGAUUCAGAUGAUAAUGUUCCCUCAUUAUAAGCGUUUGUUGCACAUACUUAUAAAUAUUGGUUUCUGUCUCCUUCCUGUAUUCAACGUAAUUUCUAUCCUCUGCUUUACUCAUAGAAUUAAUCCAAAAAAGUUUGUUUUUAUUGAUGUUGAUUGGAUAAUGAUCAGAUUUCUAACUGUAACCAAAUCAAUAAGUCCAUUUCACCAAUCUUAUUAACUACUCAAAAUAUAGUUUGGGGUAAUAAUUAUAUGAAAAUACAUGAAAUGACCGCUUGGUGUUUCAUACUAUUGUGUUACUGCUA